AUGUCACCUCGCAACCAUUAUGAGCGCACACCAUUCGGCCAUGAAAUGCUUCGGCAUUUUUCUUUCCCACCUGAUUAUCGAAACUUAAAUCAUGGGUCAUUUGGAGCAUCGCCAAUCGCCAUCCGCAGGAAGGUGAAUGAACUACGCGAAGAAUGCGAGACAAACCCAUGCCCUUUCAUCAAAUAUCGCUUUCCUAAAGUUCUGGAUGAAUCCCGGGCUGCGAUGAGUGGCUGGCUUCGGGUGCCUGAGUCCACCAUUGUCUUCGUCCCGAACGCCAGCACUGGAGUUGACACCAUCCUGCGGAAUAUGGUAUGGAGCGAUGACGGAAAAGACGAGAUUCUCCAAUUGGAUGUGAUAUAUGGGGCAUGUCGCAAUAUGGCUACAAAUGUUUGUGAAGCCAGCAAUGGCAGAGUUCGCACCAGACAGAUUGGCUUGACACAUCCAGUUGAAGACUCCGAGAUGGUCUCCGCGUAUCGAGAAGCCAUCAAGACUUCACGCAGGGAAGGCUUUCGCCCACGCAUCGCUAUAUUUGACACCAUAGCUUCGAACCCGGGAAUUCGGCUUCCAUUUGAGGAGCUCACGGCCCUCUGUCGAGCAGAAGGUGUACUGAGUUUGAUUGAUGCUGCGCACGGGGUUGGGCAAAUUGACCUGUAUCUGUCAUCGCUGGACCCGGACUUUUUCGUCAGCAAUUGCCAUAAGUGGCUGUUCGCACCUCGUGGAUGUGCCGUGCUAUACGUCCCUGAGCGAAACCAAGCUAUGAUCCGAAGCACUCUACCAACUAGCCAUGGGUUCAAAGCUCGGUCGCAGGGGGAAGGGUCUGGGUCCACAUCAAAUGGGACAGUGGGGCCAGGAAAGACGGACUUCGUUUCCAAUUUCGAAUUUGUUGGAACGACCGACAACUUCGCCUACUUGGCAGUACCUGAAGCUCUGAAAUGGAGGGAGGAGGUAUGUGGAGGCGAAACCGCGAUUCGACAUUACUGCAUGGACUUGUCCCGUAAAGGUGGACAGAGAGUCGCAGAUAUUCUGGGAACCAGAAUUCUGGACAACACUGCACAUACCUUGACAAACUGCUGUAUGGUCAAUAUCCUUCUUCCUAUCAGGAAACCCACUUCGGGAGAAGACAGCCUGGUCAAGGGGCUAGAUGGCUCGCCUACAACUGUGACCGAGUGGAUGCAGCAGACCAUGAUUCAAUCCUACAGGACAUUCAUGCCAGUGUUUCCAUUUCAAGGUUCUUGGUGGGUUCGAUUAAGUGCGCAAAUUUACCUCGAGGCCAGCGACUUCGAAUGGGCGGGCUGGACAUUGAAAGAGCUCUGUGAGAAGAUACAGGAAUAA